CAUCAAAAUUCAGACAAGCAGGCCCAACUGCAAACCGUCUGCUACUUGAUAAGAAGAAGCUAGAAUCAGUAGACAGAAAAGCCCAAGUUCCCUACACUUAUUUCCCAAAAUACCCUUCUCAAAUCUACCAUCCAUUCAUCCCAAAACCCCAGAAAUUUCAUCACUUGGGUUCUUGCUUUUACAACCCCUCCUGUGAAAAAAACAACCCAUCUCUCGGAUUUCCAAUCCCUUGUUCUUGAAUCUGCACUAAAAAUGGAAACACCAGUUGGGUUUUUUGUAGGCUUCAUAGGGGUAUUUUUGGUCGCUUUGUCGGUGCCGGUUUCAGCAAGGUUUGUAGUAGAGAAGAACAGCCUGAGGGUAACGUCGCCGGACAGUAUUAGGGGGAACCACGACAGCGCCAUCGGGAAUUUCGGCAUUCCACAGUAUGGAGGAAGCAUGGCAGGGGCUGUCGUGUACCCGAAGGAGAACAACAAGGGCUGUGAUCGGUUUGACAGGCUUUCGUUUAAGUCGAAACCCGGAGCGCUUCCGACUUUUGUUUUAGUUGAUCGCGGAGAUUGCUUUUUCGCUUUAAAGGUUUGGAAUGCACAGAAUGCUGGAGCUUCAGCAGUGCUUGUUGCAGAUGACAUCGAAGAACCAUUGAUAACCAUGGAUUCCCCACGAGAGGAUCAAGAGGCUGCAAAAUAUAUUCAAAACAUAACUAUACCAUCUGCACUUAUUGACAAAAACUUCGGUGACAAAUUAAAGAAGGCCGUCAACAACGGGGAUAUGGUCAAUGUAAACCUCGACUGGAGAGAAGCAGUCCCACACCCAGACGAUCGUGUCGAGUACGAGUUGUGGACCAAUAGCAAUGAUGAGUGUGGGCCCAAAUGUGACAUGUUGAUGGAAUUUAUCAAGGAUUUCAAAGGUGCUGCACAAUUACUUGAGCAAGGCGGAUAUAGUCAGUUCACACCCCAUUAUAUAACCUGGUACUGUCCUCAGGCAUUCACCAUUAGCAAACAGUGCAAGUCCCAAUGCAUCAAUCAUGGAAGAUAUUGUGCGCCUGAUCCUGAACAGGAUUUCAGCCAAGGUUAUGAUGGGAAAGACGUGGUUAUUGAAAAUUUGAGACAGUUGUGUGUGUUUAAAGUUGCAAAUGAAUCCAAAAGACCUUGGGUAUGGUGGGAUUAUGUAACUGAUUUUCAAAUAAGGUGCCCUAUGAAGCAGAAAAAAUACAACAAGGAUUGUGCAGACACUGUUAUCAAAUCCCUAGGGCUGGACAAUAAGAAGAUUGAAAAAUGCAUGGGAGACCCCAAUGCCGAUUCUGACAAUCCGGUUUUGAAAGAAGAGCAAGAUGCCCAAGUUGGAAAAGGAUCCAGGGGUGACGUUACUAUACUACCUACCCUCGUUGUUAAUAAUCGACAAUAUCGAGGAAAGUUGGAGAAAGGUGCUGUUUUGAAGGCUAUUUGUGCUGGUUUUGAGGAAACUACUGAACCGGCUGUUUGUUUGAGUGGUGAUAUUGAGACAAACGAGUGUUUGAAAAAUAAUGGUGGUUGCUGGCAAGACAAGGCUGCCAACGUUACUGCUUGCAAGGAUACAUUCCGUGGAAGGGUGUGUGAGUGUCCGUUGGUUCAGGGAGUGCAGUUUAAGGGAGAUGGUUAUAGCAGUUGUGAAGCAAGUGGCCCUGGACGGUGCAAGCUAAAUAACGGCGGUUGUUGGCAGGAUACUAAAGACGGGCACACCUUCUCUGCCUGUCUGGAUAUUGGGGGCAGUAAAUGCCAGUGUCCUCCUGGAUUCAGAGGUGAUGGUGUCAAAAGCUGUGAAGAUAUUAAUGAAUGCAAAGAGAGGAGAGCUUGUCAAUGCCCUGAAUGCAGCUGCAAGAAUACCUGGGGUAGCUACGAAUGCACUUGUAGAGGGGGUCUUUUAUAUAUGAAGGACCAUGACACUUGCAUAAGUAAGAGUGCAAGUGAAACAAAGACCGCAUGGGCUGCUAUUUGGAUUAUUUUGAUAGGUUUGGGCGUUGCUGCUGGUGGAGCAUAUAUCAUUUACAAAUAUAGAUUAAGAUCAUACAUGGACUCAGAGAUUAGAGCGAUAAUGGCCCAGUACAUGCCACUGGACAGCCAAGGAGAAGUUCCAAAUCACGUCAACGAAGAUCGUGCCUGAGCUGCAGUUUGAUUUACAACUUGACAGAUCCCGAGCCACGUUGAGAGUGUGAUUUUGACUUAUUUUCUCACAUUUUUAAAGGUACUUUAAGGGUAAGGGAGCUUGUUCUGUAAAAAUAUGGUGGAUUUUAAUAAUGGAUUGGCUUAGAUUAGAUUGCCAGACCUUUCUCUCUUCUUUUUUUUUUUUCUUUGGUCCGACUGGUUCCAUGUUGAAAUGGAGAUGAGGUGGUUUAAAAUUAGCUUUGUUGUAGAAGUGUCUUUAAAAGUUCAACAGCUGUAUUAUGCAUGUAUAGUUUUUUAUGGACUGCAUGCUUCUCA